UCGAGUGGAGCCCACAGACUGAACUGCUGGAUGACACAGCGAUGAAUGUCGUGAUUUCGCUGCCGUGAUACGAGGAGGAUCCGCGCGUCUGGAGCCGCCGCAGCUGCCCGCCAGCCCGCCCGGCUCCCUCCCGUUACCCGCCCGGCUCCCCGCCCGGCUCCCUCCUCUCCCCGCCCGGCUCCCUGCGCUCCCCGCCCGGCUCCCGCCGCCUCCACAUGCAGAGCCUCUGCAGGGUCAAGAUGCAGUUCCGGACUGUGCUGGACGUGAAAGUCGUGGACGUGGAGAAGAGGCGCAAUCCGUCCAAACACUACGUAUAUCUCAUCAAUGUCACGUACUCUGACAACACCUCCCAUAUCAUCUACAGAAGAUACAGCAAAUUCUUUGACCUACAGAUGCAGAUACUUGACAAGUUCCCAAUUGAGGGAGGGCAGAAAGACCCGAAGAAGAGGAUCAUUCCAUUUCUCCCAGGCAAGAUCCUGUUCCGGAGGAGUCAUGUGCGAGAUGUGGCCAUGAAGCGGCUGCGUUUCAUCGACGACUACUGCAGGGCGCUGGUGCGACUCCCCCCUCAGAUUUCUCAGAGCGAGGAAGUGCUGCGCUUCUUUGAGACGAAAGCUGAGGACAUCAAUCCCCCAGUGGAGGACUAUGGGUCCAAACGCAAGUCUGGGAUUGACAGCUCGGAGCCUAUGGUGCUGGAGCAGUACGUGGCCGUGGCCAACUACGAGAGGCAGGAGAACUCGGAGAUCAGCCUCAAGGCCGGUGAGACGGUGGACGUGAUUGAGAAGAGCGAAAGUGGAUGGUGGUUUGUCAGCACAGCAGAGGAGCAGGGCUGGGUGCCGGCUACAUACUUGGACUCCCAGAAUGGAACCAGAGACGAUUUGGAUCUUGGAACUUCCAGGACUGGAGAAGUUACUAAGAGACGCAAGGCGCAUCUGAAGAGGCUGGACCGCCGCUGGACCCUCGGGGGUAUAGUCAACCGUCAGCAGAGCAGAGAAGAGAAAUAUGUGACGAUUCAGCCAUACACCAGUCAAGGGAAGGAUGAAGUCAGCUUUGAGAAAGGGGUCACCGUGGAGGUCAUCCAAAAGAACCUGGAGGGCUGGUGGUUCAUCAGAUACUUGGGGAAAGAGGGCUGGGCCCCGGCCUCAUACUUGAAAAAGUUGAAAGACGAUCUCUCCCCCCGCAAGAAGACCCUGACUGGCCCAGUGGAGAUCAUCGGCAACAUCAUGGAAAUCAGCAACCUGCUGCAAAAGAAGUCGGUCAGCGAGAAGGACAUACACACCGACGGAGAAGGCAGCACCACGCCGGAGCGCCACAUCACCAAGACUGAGAUCAGCCUGCCCAUGCCCUUUAGCUCUGAAAUCAACGCUGAGACUGGCAGGAGGCUGAGUGCAGGCCGUGACACCAACAGCCCGUGUCUGGGGAUAGCAGCGAGCGCCGCUCUAAACGAAAGUAAAGGGAGGGGCGAGCCAGGGUCCCCAGCUGUUGCAAGAGUGGCCCCGCACAGAGUGGAAAUUGGCUUCAAUGCUGUAGGGUCUCCAAAUCUGAGACAGAAACCUCCCCCAAGGAGAGACACCAACUUGGGAUUCCAGUUGCCUAAACCACCAGAGCCCCCUGCUGUGGAAGCAGAGUAUUACACUAUAGCAGAUUUCCAGUCCUCGAUCUCUGAUGGCAUCAGUUUCCGUGGAGGACAGAAGGCUGAUGUGAUAGAGAAGAACCCUGGAGGCUGGUGGUACGUACAGAUCGGAGAGAAGGAGGGCUGGGCCCCCUGCUCCUACAUCGACAAGCGCAAGAAACCCAACCUCAGCCGUCGAACCAGCACCCUGACCCGGCCCAAAGUCCCGCCUCCUGCUCCGCCUGUGAAAAAACUAGAACCUGAAGAGGCCCCCCCUCCGGGUAACUCUGCCUCCAAGGUCUCAGAGCCACCUACCAGGCCUGUGUACGAGGAACCUGAAUAUGAUAUCCCAGCAAUUGGAUGCGAAGGUGAGUCUGACACAGAUUCUUUGAAGGAUGAGCGCCCCCUGGAUGUGAAGAUCAGCAACGUGGUCAGCGACAAGUACCGCAGCUCCCCUCCUUCCUGCAAAGCCUCCCCUCCUGUCUGUAAGGCGUCUCCCGCAUUCAGCCGUCGAAGAGCCUCUUACAGGUCUGUAGAGGAGGUCACAAAAGAAGAAUGUAUUUACGAGAACGAUGGUUUCAGGCCAAGCAGCGGGGUUGAAGCACCCUCAGCCAAAGGUUCCAGUGAGCCCAACUCCCCAAAGAGUUACCACUCCUCCACAGUCCCAAGAAGACCCUCUGGAUCCUCGCCUCUAGCUGGUAGGCCAAUGAAGACGAUGACGCCAGAGAUGAAUCGCAGAAGUCAGACCCUGGGCAGACACGUGGACAUCAGCUUCAGGUCCCAGGACAACAGCCCGCUCUCUUCAUCUGAUGAAUUGAGCAGAGGACCCAAGAAAGUCCCUCCUUUUAGUCGGGAUGUGGAGCAGAGAAUAGGUCAAAGUCCCUCCACCAGGCCCAAGCCUUCUGUCAGACCCAAACCCCUUCUGACCAAAUCCGAGCCACAGAGCCCUGAGAGGAUGGAUAUCACUUCUUUGAGACGGCAGCUGAGGCCAACAAGUCAGUAUCGACACAGCAUCAAACCUUCCCGAGGGGACGACUCCGAAACUGCAUCUGUCAUCUCAUCGGAGGACUCCAUGUGUUCACGCAGCACCUCAGAUCUCUCCUCAGUUCACUCUAAAGGGAGUCGCGGGGAUUCCGAUGUGGAAGGCCCCAGUGCUUACCGCUCUCUGGACGCCUACAAGAAGGUUCAAGACUCUGAGAUCAGCUUCCCAGCUGGGGUGGAGGUGGAGGUCCUGGAGAAGCAGGGGAGCGGUUGGUGGUAUAUCCGUUGGGGCUCAGAGGAGGGCUGGGCUCCCUCCUACUACCUGGAACCUGUCAGACACGUGGGUGGUGCUGGUGGGAGGGACUCAGAUGGACACGGGAGUGGUGGUGGCAGUAAGUCCAACAGCCUGGAGAAGAACGAGCAGCACGUCUUGGCCCUCAAUAACAUCAAUAUUCAGGGUCUGCCCCAGCAGCAUCCAGGCAUGAGAAGGAAUACCCCGCCCAUUCCUUCCAAGCCCCCCGGUGGCUUCUCCAAGCCGUCUCUGUUGGUGAACGGAGGUGUGCGAAUGAGAAACGGGGUUCGUCAGGUGGCGGUGAGGCCUCAGUCUGUAUACGUGACAACAACACAGCCACCCAAGGAUGCGCACUACAUGACGGGCUCUCUGAGGAGAAACGAAUCACUCGGUAGAAGUGAUCACUAUAGCUCUGGUUCUGCCACUCUUGGUGUCCGCCGAAACGCCUCCUUCAGCACCGUGCGGCCACAUGUAGUGGUCGAGAGUCAGACGCGGCCCGCCGAGCGCUCCAGCCUGGGCUCCUCGGGGAGCGCCUUCAGCACAAGCAAUGUAAACCAACGCAACGGCAUCCCUGUGUCCGCAGUCCGGCCCAAGCCGAUAGAGAAAAGCCAACUGAUCCACAAUAACUUUGGCAGGGACGUGUACGUGUCAAUCGCUGACUACCGUGGCGACGAGGAGACGAUGGGCUUCACUGAGGGAACCUGUCUGGAGGUCCUGGAGAGAAACCCCAAUGGAUGGUGGUACUGCCAGGUGCAGGACAGCCUGCUCCCCCGCAAGGGCUGGGUCCCAUCCAACUACCUGGAGCGAAAAAAAUAGAACCACCUCCCCUCACAUCCUUACCUAACCCCCCCGUCCCGCCUCCCUUUUUCGAUGUCUCCGAGGACACAGGUGGCAUCACUCCUCAAGAAUGUUACCCGCAAUCUCCUGUAAGCAAUAUGUCCUUGAUAAUGUACAUUUAUGAAAAGACUAUGUGUAAAAAAAUGGAAGAUGUUUUAAUCUGAUAAGAAAGGACACUUUUAGUGCUGGUUUACUAAAAUGUAUACAAAGAGGAGUGUAAAGAUUUUCAAUAUUUUGGCCUGGGGAGUGAGAGAUGUGGGGAAUAUGGGAUUUGUCAGCCGUGAGUGAGGAGUCUGUGAGAUAUGAAAUGAUUGGGAGCGAUCACCACUUAAAGAGGUUUGCAUCAUGUAAUGCAGAAGCGGAGCAGGGUCAUGGCGAUGCUUAUUCCUGCCCAUCACUUACUAUGAUGGCCAAUAAGUGCCUUUUAUAUUUGAUUACCGGAAUGGAGGUUCUAAUUGGUGGAUGGAAAAACAUUACAUCAACCAAAUCUUAAGAGUGCCAUAGGCCGAUGAACACCACCAAUAGUAUUACCAUGACCAAGCUAGAGCUACUCUAGAGAGUGAGAACAAAAUGCAGUGUUUCAUUGUAAUCUGGUCAAACUGUUCCAACACACGGACGGAAGAUUGAAAAACAGAGAUUUAAGAACUUAAGUUCACCAGAGAAUUGAAUUGUUUUAAACCACAAAACAUGAAAAAAACUGAAUCAACAUUUAAGUCUCAUUAUCACUAUUUCAUUACUAUUUCAUUUAAUUCUUUAUUUUAUAAUGUCUUGUGUUGAUGCAAGUCUUCCUUAGAGAAUUAUUUCUGCUUUCUUGUGACAUCUGUUCCCACCAACAGCCUGCAAAUGGAAGUGUUAAAGCUCCUUAUAGAGUCUGAUGGAUGGAUAUAGUCUUCUCAUAGAGCCCACAGUGAUAUGUUUAUAUUAAUGUGGAAUAACAAAGACCUGUGAAACUUGCAUUCUAACUAUAAUAGUUGGAUAUUUUAUUUUCCUUUAGAGCAGCUUGAGUUCUCUCCAGAACAAAAUCACCUCAGUGUAAUAGCCUCAAACAAUGAAAACAAUUUAGGUUUAGGUUUACUCCAGGAACAAUUGAUCUUGUAUAUAUUUUGUUUUUAUUAGUUCAAGAAUACUGCUGUUGCGUAGCUGUAUUUGAUAAGAACUGGAAAUGCAGCAAAAUCAUUGAAUCCCGGGGAUAAAUUUGCUCAGCGUUUAGCCCAAAAUGUGAUCUAACCAAAGAGAAAUAUCAGUUCAUUGGAUUUUUAUUUUUGCUUUAUUUAUUUAUGUUACAAAAAAUGAGGUUUCUGAACUGUAUAAAAAAGUUUUCCUGGAAGCACUUGAUACAUUUUCUCAGAUAUUGAAGUUACCAGGUAAAUUGUAAUAUUAGGUCUUGCUGUGCAGUUCUGACUUUAUUAUUGAAUAGAAAAACAACAUAGUUUAUCAUUAGAAUUGAAUCCUUUUUCCCAAUUGUCGAAAUUGGUUGGUUUCAUAUCACAGUUUGAAAUUAAUAAAUCUUAAUAAACAAAUUGUUGUGAUAAUAAAUCUUAGCUGCCACCCAAAAAUAUAUAGUUCCCCCCAAUGCAAAAGCUAAAUUUGCAAAUGUGAAAUUCUGAGCUGAAGUCCAACUUUCAAAAAUGCCCAUGGCUGAUGUUCAAGACUGCUGAAAUACAUUUUCUAACGAACGGCCGAAUCUUCCAUCAUGAGGCUGAACACUAACUUGUGAUUAUGUUCCUGCUGGACAGUAUGAUAUUAUGAAACAAAGUACAGUACCUGCUAGAUCGCAGUUAUCUAUUUUAGCCAAAAUCAUAUUUGUUUUUUGUUUGUUACUUUGUGAUCACACAGUGUCAAUAACGAGGAACGAAGUGGUUCAGUUUUGUGAAUUAGUGCACUUUAAAAUUGUUUUUAUGGUGCAUUAAUGUGAAGAUGCAGUAAAUACUCAGCAUGUUAUUUAUUCAACAAGUUUUUUGUAAUUAUUUAAUGUCUCUAUAUCCCCUCCUCACCUCAGAUCAGAGGUGGAACUCUCAAAGUCUCAUUGAGUAGAAUUGGAGAAACAGAGACCUCUUGUGGUAGCUUAAUUGUACUACUAAUCAUCCACAAGGCUUAUUUAUCGGCCUCAGUGCAAUAAGAAAUGCACUGCUGGUCAGUGAGUCUUCCCGAAAACUGUACAGAAAUUUUAGGUUUUUUAGUUUGUUCUUUUUUUAAAUCUCAGUGCAGCUAAACAUUUUUUGUAGCACGUGUUUUGGGCAACAUUUUUUUUAGGAAAAAUUUCAAAAUUCCCUUUUUCUUUACGCUGUUUGCUGCAACUUUAGCAAAUCAUGGGCACUUCCUUCACCUUUGUUGUGCUUUACAUAAUGCCUGAUUUUAAGUAUAUUUAUUAUGAAUUUUUUACAUUUUAUCACUGUUUGACAAUCACCUCGCCACCUCUUCAAAAUAUGUUUGCAUAGCUUUAUACGGAUUGUUAUUGUUGAAUAAACAGGCUCUCAGUCUCACUA